CAAUGGUCAUCUCAGUGAUAAUGAUGAUGAUAAUGUGGUUGAUGAUAUUAUUGAAACACAAAAUGAUAAUCAACAAUUAAUUCAAAGACCAAAAAUCAUUGAACCUAUGACCGGUGGUGGAAACGAUAUGACCGAUGAUGAACAAGUAUUAGUUAAAAUACAUAAUCGAACAUUAAUUGGAAUUAUACAACAAAUGUCAUCAUUAUUAUCAUCAGCAGAUCAAUUAUUUUCUGAACUAACAGAUGAAUGUAGACAAAUGUUUGAUCGUACAGUUAGGAUUCGAUCACGUUUCAAUAAAUUGAUUAUUAAUAUUGAUCAUCUUAAUCAUAUAAUGCGUCAUUCAGUUCCAACGAUUGGUCACAUAUCUGAUUACUAUAAUCAACUUCGACAAAAACAACAACAACAGUCACAGGAUCCUUUUGUAUUGAUUGGAAAUGUUCCACAUCAGCUAAAAUAUCUGAAUCAAAUAAUUCAUUUUCAACCGGUUCAAAAUAAUCAACAACAUUCAUCAGGUCAUCAUCAUCAUCACAAUUGGAAAAGUUCACGACAAUUAGAUCGUUCAUUAUUUACUAUUAAUAGUCGUCCUGUUUCGAUUCGUAAUCUUUAUGCACGUGCACAUUCACCCGGUGAUGUACGACUUUCGUGUUCAAUAUUUUCAUCGCCAUUCAUAAAAUCAUCAUCAUUAUGGUUGGCUAGAAAUCAUCAAUUAUUAUCCACCGAAAAUAUGACAAUUUUGUCUAAAAUUGAUAAUGUUGAUUCUAAAAAAAAUCAAUCAUUAACAUGUCAAUGUCAUUGUGGCCGUUGUCAUACAUCGUUACCAAUAUCAAAUCCCGGUGAUGGUCUAGAUGCUGGUUCUUCAAUGGUCACAUCAUCAUUAUCUUCUAGUCAUGAACAUAAUCAUACUAAUCAAUGUGAAUAUUGUCAUCAUCAUGUGACUAAUGGCAUUGUAUCCAAUGACUCUAAUUCUUCAACAUCAUCAGCUUCAUCAUCAUCGGUUGUUACAUGGUCAUCGGUUACUUCGUCAACAUUCGAACCAAUUGCUUCAACAUCAACGAUGCAUAAAAAUGAACAAAAAAAUUUACGACCAACGACGAAAACUAAAGUAGCUCCAAUGUCUUCUUUUUCAUCAUCCGGUGAUUAUUAUCCAAAUGAUACUUCCAAUAAAUCCAAUAAUUGUCAACCAGCAAUAACAGCUACUACUACCAAAACGAUUGAUGAUUUUUUUCGCGAUAAUAAUGUUAAUUUAAAUGGAAAUGAACAACAACGACAAGAAAUGGUCGAAAAUAAUCGAUGUAUUUGUUCAUGCGAUAGUCAACCUGAUGAUCAUCACCAUCAAUCGGCAUUGUCCGGUCAGCAGAAUAGUUCCAAUGCAACGAUCAAUCAAUCGAUGACCACAGCAGCAGCUAUGGCAAUGGGAACGUCAACUGUUAUUCCACCCGAUUAUUGGUAUUGGUGGUGGCUUAUGGAAUCCAAUUGUACAGGUGUUAUUCCGAAUGCCAAUCAUAGAGGGUUUGCUCCUGGUACGGUUUCAAAUCCCGGCAAUCAAACUCAAACCGGUACUGUUCAUGAUAAUUAUAAACGAUGGUCAUCGGCAUUGACCGGUUCAUCGCCAUUAAAGCCAACAUUGUUGGAUGAAACAACCAUAUGGCUUCGAGAGAAUAUCGAAACUCGACGGCCUGAAAGUAUUGUCAUCAAAUCGGCAUCCGAAUUACCUGAACAUAUUUUAUUGGAACGUGCAUUAAGUCCACCUUGUUCAUCACAUCGAAUAACUUUGCGACGUCAUCCAUCAAAAUCAUCGACGAUCAUCAACGAUGAUGAACAAAAUGAUGAAAUCGAUAAACAUUCACCUAAAUUGAGACGUCGUUGGUCGUUACUUCCAUUACGACGUUUAUCUAAACGUUGGCGUUUGACGAAUAAUAAUCGUUUAAGUUUGGCCGUCGAUAAUGGUUCACUUUCCGACAAUGAACGAAUUGAACGUCAAAAAUUGUUAUUGGGUCGUGAUUCUAGUCAUAAAUACCAGAAUAAGAAUAAUGGUAUUCACACAUCUUCUAUUGGUCAUGAUGAUAAAGAUGCUGAUGAUGGUAAUGAUGAUGAUGAUGAUGAUGAUCCAAAAGAGAUAAUAUUAAUGUCACCCGAAGAAAGAUCACAAUUAUUGGCCAAACAAUUUUCCGACUCACAAACUGUUUCGAUUGAUGUUUCUGGUCGUUCAUUUGAUAGAUUAUCUAAUACACGACGAUCAUUGAUACAUUCUGAAUUUCAUAUACCACGAAAUAAGAUUCUGGGCUAUCAUACACAUCGAAGAUCUCGAUCUAAAUCACCUCAUCAUAUUAGUGUUCGUCAUACCAAUGAUACUUUGAUAUCACCUUAUGCUCUUGGACAUUUGAAAAAUCCUGCCGAUAUUAACUAUCAUAAAAAUCGGACACCAUUACAAUCUGAUACAACCAGGAAAAUUAUUGCCAUUGAAAAAGGAUGCCAAACGGAUAAUAAUCUGAUGAUGAUGAUGAUGGAGAGAAUCGGUUCUCCAUUACAAAACUCGACAUCCAACAACAACAAUAAUAGUAAUAGAUUUGUUGUACCAAUAGAAGUUCAUCGCAAUCAUAAUGAUUUGAUGAUUGAUCAUCAAAGAACUCACAAAAAACAACUUCGACGACAACAACAUCACAAUGACAAUGAUGCUGAUGAUGAUUAUGAUGGUUACGAUGAUGAUGAUGAUGAUGAAUAUGUAGUCAUUCGAAAACGAAAUCAACAAUUACCAACAAAUCAUAGAGCUACCCGGAUCGAUGAUACUACUUCAUCUACUGCAUCAAUGGAAUUAGGGGCUUCAUGGCGAAAUCAUCGUGGUGUCUCUCUCCUCAAUGGUAAAUGUUCGGAUGCAGCAUCACAAUCAAACAAAAUCAAUCCAACAAUUAUGUAUGAUCAGUAUCGUUCUUCAAUAGCCGUACAAACUGCCCCAAUGACAACGACAAAUGCCACCAAUUUGAACACUAUUAAUGAUGAAGACAUCGACACGAAAAAAGAUACUGAAACUGCAAUAUGUCAAACAAAACAAAAUGGUGCACGUUCAUCAAGCGGAAAUUGGAGUGCAGCUACCAGUGAUUUGAUACCAUCAUCAUCGUCAUCAUCAUCACCACCGUUAAAUAUCCAGAUGGUUUCGAAAAAUGUGAAUAAAAAUCUACAACAACAACGGCGUAACAUUCGAUCACAACAACAACAUUUAGAUCCAACAACAACACCUACGACAACAGCUACAACAACAAAUAAUAAUAAUAAUUCUGAAGAAGCCGAAUCUGUUUAUUCGGUUGAUAAUGAUGGCUAUUAUACUUCAAUGCAUACCGAUUCGGGUUUGUUUUUUUUAGGACAAAGUAAUUAUUGUAAUCAAACUUUACCACCAUUUUCGACGGUCAACAAUGCCAAAACUAAGACCAGUACAUUCACUAGUCAGACUAGCCUGGCCAAACGUCAACUACAUUUGCAACAACAACAACAACAACAAAGACGAAUAAUAGAUUCUAAUGAAUUAUAUCGAUUUAAUUUGUUAUCACCAAUUCAAAAACAACAAAAUCGUUGGAAACGAUUAAAUCCUACAGCUAAUGUUAUUAAUCGUCGUAAUCAUACGCAACUGGCAGUCACUCAUACAACAGACACGAAAGAUGUUGACAUUCAAUCGACUCAAAUGGACAAACAUUGUGAAAAAAUAGAAGAAAAUAAGAACGCAAACGAACAAAAUUUGGAGCCAAACGACGGUAACAAUUCUUUGAGACGAUCAUCACUGGAAGAAUUCGGAUCGAAUUUAUCGAUAAAUUCGAUAUUAUCAAAUAGUGAUGCCUGUGAUACAUCAACGGCCGCAGCACUGGAUCAUGUUAGUUAUGGUACCUGUAAUUCAUCGAUGGCCGAUUUUGAUUGUUCCGUAUCACAUUGUUCACAUCAAAUACCUAUUGUUGUACAGCAAUCUCAAUCUCAAGGCAAUAAACAACAACAACAAUGUUCGAGAUCUUACCUUCGUAAUAUUCAAUCAAAUCGAUUGCGUACUGCUUCUGGAACAUAUCAAGAAGAUGAAACUACUACAUGUACCGGUACUGGAACUAUUCGUUCAAGUUCAAGUUCUGAAACAUUACAUACAAAUGAUUAUGAAGAAUCUGAACCGAUGAAUGAUGAUGAUAUGAUGACCGCGAAUCAUGAUCAUCAUCAUCGUAGCCAUGUACAAAAAACAUCAAGAAAUUAUCAUUCAUUAUCAGCGACCAAAAUCAAUCAUCAUCCAUCAACAUUGACAUCGGCAUCGAUCACUGCCGGUAACGCUUCGAGAUAUCAGAAACCUAAACGAUACGUUAGUCUGACUGAAAGUAGUAGUGCAUCAAGUAGUUGCCGAAAAUUACCGCCGCCGCCACCACCUCCACGAGUGUCGAGUAUGCUACGAACAUUACAGAAAUAUAAUACAAAACGUACAACUAACAAACGACAACAGCAACAACGACAAUCGAUCGAUACUGCCGAUCAUAAUAGUUGUUCAUCGAGAACAACAAAUGAUCAUCAAAGAAAAAUAUAUGAUCAAUCGGGUAAUAAUAGUCGUGAUGUAUCCAUUGUUUCGGAAAGUAAUUCCGAAUAUUUAUUACAAUCAAUUCAUGAUGAACGACGAAGACGAUUGUUUAUGGAUGUUGAUACAAAUCGUUCAUAUCCACCAUUAUCGUAUAUUGUUGAUCAAAUGACCGAUACGGCUACAUCGGUCAGUAUUCCAAGUUCAUUUUGUUUUGAUGAUGAACUUGGUAGAGAAAAUCCAGAAACAAUUCAACAAGAAAGUGAUGUAAGCUCAAAUGAAGAAAAUGAUCCGGCUUUGAAAAGGCAUAACAAUUUUCAAACUUCAGAUACAUCGAUAAGCAAUCGAACUAUAACGCCUGUGUUGGCGGAUCAAUAUCCGGAUGAUAAUGAUGAUGACAAUCAAUCCCAACAACAACCAAAAAUGACAAAAAAACAACUCGAACAUCGACAUCUUUCGUCACCAUUGCCGCCACCAAAGCUGGAUUCAUUUACAUUGAAUCAUCAUAAUUCACGUCAAAAUCCACGUUCACACCAAAAUCAUCGAUAUCAAUCUUCGACGGCGAUACGAAAAAACCAGAACACUAAUCAGCAACAGCAAUCGUCUUGCUCAUCAUUGACAUCUUCCUCAACUAUCAAAGCUCCAUCAUCACCAGAAUCGAUUCCAAAACCGAAACCACGUAAUUCUUUGAUUCUUUGCACCACCAUUUCGACAUCUAGCGAUACAACACCUUCAUUGUCAUCAGUGAUGAGUACAAGUACAUUCUCUACCAGUACUUGUUCAUCAUCGACAACUGGUGGUGGUGGUGGUGCGUUUAGUUCACCCGAUUCUACUCAAACAAUUGUGACUGCCAUUCAUACUAGAUCGACUAACGAACAUGAAAACCAUCCAUCCGGACCGAAUGCAGAUGAUGACAAACAAAUUGGAUCUACAAAAACUCCAACUCAGGCAACAUCACCCACAGAAUCUUCACCAUCAAUGAUGAAACAACAAUCUAGUAGACGUUUGACAACCGAAGAUUUAUUUAUAAUUUUGCAUAAUUCAAAAAAACGUCACAAUAUACGUGCGGAUCCACAACUUUUUUCACCAUCGCAACGAUUAUCAUCAUCGCCUAACAACAGUCAAUGUAGCAGUUCAUCACCAUCUGGACCUCGAUCUCCUUUGAGUCCUGUUGAUGGUCAUAAAAGUGAGUUAUCAUCACCCCUUUCAACAACAGCGAUUGAAGAGAAUGUAGAGGCCACCGGAUCACUAAAACGUCGAUCAUGGACAAGUGGUUGUAGUUUACCAACAUCACCAUCAUUUGCUAAUAAUAAUAAUAAUAACCGAACAAGGCAAAGUUUAGCUUCAGAUCGAUUAGGACCAAUACGGCCAACUACAUUGAACGAUUUUAAACGACUGUUAGCACAGGUCAGGCCAUCAUCGGUAACUUCCACUUCCAGCACUAAUAGCUCAAAUUCCAAUAACAUUAUUGCGGCUAACGCCACACAAGCUGCAUCUACGUACACUGCUUUGCAGCAAAUUCUAAACAAAUCUCCGAAUUGUCAUUCACCACCACCAUUACCCACAAACGGAUCGAUAUCGCAAUCUCUUUCGGCUUCUUCGCCAACCUCAUCGGGUAUCAGUUCAUCAAUGUCAUCGCCUAUUUGUAGUCCAAUGUCACCUAUUAAAUCUUCCACGAUAGUUUCAUCGAAUAGUUCGACAAACGGGUCACCCGAAACAUCUAAGCCAUUAAACACCCAAGCUAAUCAAUCAAUGGCAAAUUUCAUUAAAAAAUUUUCCAAAUCAAAAUUUUUAUCACAAGUUUAUACAAAUCCGACCGAUCGUAUGAUGACUACUGGUGUAGUUGGUGGAAGUGGCCAGAACACCACAGCCAGUCUAUGUAUCGGUAUUGGACAUCGAAAUCAAUCGAUCGGUGGUAGAUGUCCACCAAUUCCCGAAGAUGAUUCGGUCAUAACAUCUUCAACAACAACGGCCAAAGCAAAUACCAAUCUACCUAAUAAUGCUCAUACAGAUAAUAAUAAAUCUGAUCAGGUGCCAUCAACAUCGGGACAGGUACAUAAUUGUACCAGUACUUGGGUCUAAAUUACUCAUCAGAUUGUUUGUCUCGUCUCGAUUACGAUAAUAAUAAUAUCCAAUCUGCAAUGACAAUGAUUGUCUGGAUUUGUUUGGCGGAAUUGUUUUUUUUUUUGAAUCUGAUUUGGUGUUUCGAUAUUUGAAUUGAUCGAAAAUCAUUUUCGGAUGGAAUUCGUAAAUAUUUUAUUUUUUUUUGGCUGGCCAAAUUUUUUUUCAAGACAUUUAUCGAUGCAUUGUUACAAUUGUCAGAUUGAUGAUUUUAUUAUUAUUAUUAUUGUUAUAAUUAUUACCACC